CUAAAUGAUGGACACCAGCAGGGAGGUGCCUUUGGUGGACGUCUCAUAUGCCGCCGCUACUCGCUCCGUCGGGUCCCUCACCCCCAUCCCCCCAUGACGCGCAGGCAGCAUCAUCAGCUGGACCUCAGUGGCGGUCACCACAUGGCUGGAGAGCUGGGUGAGGUAGUGGGUGAGAGCAUCUCGCAGCGGCUCGAAUGUCGCCCGCUCCUCAGGCAUCACCCGCAUGAAGAAAUCCCACUCGGCCUGCAGAGAGGUUGUGAGUGCUGUGUGGGCUGCCUGCGGGUACUUGGCCGCUGCGUCCGCCAUCCGGUUGACACACCGCUGCCACUCCUGCACCCUCUCGGUGGCGUAGGCCCGCUUGCCCUCCGCGGUCCCCACAAAGCCCUCCAUAUAUCGAGCACCACUCACAAUCUCCACGUCGGUAUCGCCAAACACCUCCCGCGCCCGCUCCUUGCAACCCGCCCGCACCACCAGCUUGCUCUUCUUGCCGUUGGGGUGAUAGCCCCUCAGUGGCCCUCUCCGCUACAGCUCAUCCCACCAGUCGCGCACCGGCUGAAGGCCUCCCACCUUGGCGGAGUCGUCGGCAAACCACGCCUGAGGGCCCUCCUCUGCUGGCCGCUUCAUCUCCUACACGAGCGGAAGGGUGGCCACAGAGUAGAAGAGGGAGGCCAAGGGGUCGCCUUGUGUGGUCCCUUCUCGACUCCACAGCGGUGCGGGUUGGUCGCGCAUGUAGAGGGCCGUAUGGCCGCAAUAGGUGUUGAACAGGAAGCGUGAGCAUCGCGGCCACAAAAUGCGGACGUUCCAUAGGGCGGCAGGCGAUUCAUCGUGUUGUUGGCGUUCGUCGCAUCCACCAGGAUCGCGCACUCCACGCCACCCGAGUCGAACUCGCCGGAUACCGCAUGAAUGGCACCCUCCACGCCCCCCUUGAGCCCGGUGCAUAGCUGGUCCGCACCGCACACAAUCUCCGCAUCCACCCCGACCGCCUUGGCCAUCGCCUUGCCCAUGAUGCGCAU